AUUGAACAUCUAGAGAAGCUUGCAGCUAAGAAAAUACCCAAACAGAUCGUCGGCGGAGUUCGUCUGCCUAAAGACCUCGUGGAUUUCGCUACGCUUAUGCUUGACAAACAUGGCAGUGACUUCAAGGCAAUGGCCAGAGAUCCCAUGAACUAUUACCAAGAUUCGUGGAAACAAAUUCGGACGAAGAUCAAGCAUUUUGUGACCAACCCGCGGUAUUUCGCGCCGUACCUGAAGGAGAGAAAUCGACUCAAGCUGCCGGAUUUGCCGCCAGAAGUAGAACUCAUGAACGGAGAAGCUUAAUUUUAAGGAUGCAGUCUUUAAGCCAAUAAAGGAUGUUUUUUUUUU